GAGAAGAAAGGAUUGUUAAAAAAAAAAAGUAGAAAUAUAAGAAAAGUAAAUUAAUUCCAAUUUGGGGUUAUUAUUUGUGAAAUUAGGGGUGGAGGAAGUGAAUUCAAUUGUUUCUUUUGCAAAAGAGAUCAAUAGUGAAAUUAAGGGCGAAGACGAAGACUAACCAGAAAAACAAUGGCGUUGAAGUUCUUGAACAAGAAAGGAUGGCACACGGGGAGUCUCAGGAACAUUGAGAACGUCUGGAAGGCUGAGCAGAAGCACGAUGCCGAGCAGAAGAAGUUGGAGGAGCUUCGCAAACAGAUUCACGAGGAGAGAGAGAGAUCCGAGUUUCGACAACUUCAGGAACAGGCCGGCCUCGUUCCUAAGCAGGAGAGAUUGGAGUUUCUUUACGAUUCGGGUUUAGCCGUAGGGAAAGCUAGCGCCUCUGAUGGUUUUAAAGCCCUUGAAGCCUUCCCUAAGCCCGACGAUGGACCUUCUUCUUCUACUGCUGCAGCCCCUAAGCAAGCGGAUUCUUCUUCAGCUGUGCCGGGAGCUUUGUUCGAAGACAAGCCUCAGUCUGCUAAUGAUGCUUGGAGAAAGCUACACUCCGAUCCUUUACUUAUGAUUCGACAGCGUGAGCAAGAGGCCUUGGCUCGAAUUAAGAACAACCCUGUUCAGAUGGCCAUGAUUCGCAAAUCAGUUGAAGGAAAGCACAAGAAAAAGUCUCAUGAAGAAAAGGAAGAUAGAAAGAAGCAGCGACAUAGUAGCUCAAAGCAUCGGCAUUCAUCCUCCUCCAAGUCUGAAGAGGAAAAGACAAAGAAUAGUCAUAGGAAGAGUUCAAAUUACGAUAAAUACUCAGAUUCUGAAGAUGAACCACAUAAGAAAGCAAGUCAUAGGAAGAGUUCAAAUUAUGAUAAGUAUUCAGAUUCAGAAGAUGAAUCACGUAGGAAAGCAAGUCAUAAGAAGAGUUCAAAUUAUGAUAAGUAUUCAGAAUCAGAAGAUGAAUUACAUAGGAAAUCAAGUCAUAAGAAGAGUUCAAAUCAUGAUAAGUAUUCUGAUUUAGAUGACAAAUCACGUAGGGAAGCAAGUCAUAGUGAGAAGAAUAGCUAUCGGAGUUCUAAGUACAGAGAGCAGUCACCUGAUGGCCAAUCCAGACGAGAAACUGUUAGAGAUGAUCAAUAUGCUGCCGAGAGAAAUCAUGAAAAGUCAGAUAAGGAAAGAUAUGUAGCUAAAGAUCGACAGGAGUCACACCAUAAGCGACGCAAUGCUGCUCCUAAAAUGUCGGAAGAAGAACGAGCUGCCAGGCUGCGUGAAAUGCAAAUGGAUGCCGAGUUACAUGAAGAGCAAAGAUGGAAACGGUUAAAGAAGGCUGACGACGACGACGCUCAGGAAGCUACUCGGGCUGCCAUAAUUAAGGGCAAAAAUUUCUUGGAUGAGGCUCAAAAAAGCGUAUAUGGUACUGAGAAGGGGGGUAGCAAAUCGAUUGCGGAAAGUGUUCGUCGUCGAACACAUUAUACUCAGGGUAGGUCCUUAGAAGGCAAUGCUUUCAGGCGCUGAUAACUGUAUUCCCAACUUUUAAGUUCAGGAUUUUCUCAGUGGUACCUAUUUCUGGCAUUCUUAGACCAGUUUAUGUUUAGUUGUAUUAUUGGUCAUAUGUACACUUUUAUGAAACCACCUUAAGGUGGAGUUUUACCUUAUUACUACAUGUGAAUUAUUUAUAUAAAAGAACAAGAAUUGUAAAACAUAUUGUAUCUCAUAUGUAAGUUGUUAACUCUUCAUGAUCA